AUGGGCGGCGGGGCGCGGGAGCUGGCCGGGUACCUGGCGGCGCUGGGCGGGUGGGUGGCGGCGCUGGCCGCAGCGGCGCUGCCCCAGUGGCGGCAGAGCUCGUACGCCGGGGACGCCAUCAUCACCGCCGUGGGGCUGCACGAAGGGCUGUGGAUGAGCUGCGCCGCCCAGAGCACCGGGCAGGUGCAGUGCCGCCUCCACGACUCGCUCCUCUCCCUCGACGUUCACAUCCAGACCUCCCGGGCUCUCAUGGUUAUUUCUCUCCUCCUGGGUUUCUUUGGCAUCAUUGUGAGCGUCGUGGGCAUGAAAUGCACCAAAGUUGGUGAAGAGGAUCCCGUUACCAAGAGCCGCAUUGCUGUUGCUGGGGGUGUCCUCUUUAUCCUCUCCGGUCUGUGUACGUUAGCGGCCGUGUCCCUGUAUGCAACACAGGUCACCUAUGAGUUCUUCAGUGCCAGCACCCCGAUCAACGCAAGGUACGAAUUCGGCUCAGCGUUGUUUGUUGGCUGGGGGGCCGCCAGCCUCACCAUGCUGGGGGGCUCCCUCCUGUGCUGUUCCUGCCCCACCAAGGAGCGGCAAGGACAGCAGUACUAUCGGCAGUCGCAGCCCUCAACAGCUCGGGAACCCCAUGUAAAAAUAUCUUCACCCGUCAGGGGAGAGCAGUGCUUGUAGUCUGUCUUCACCCAUCAGGGGAGAGCAGUGCUUGGUCGGCUGAACCCAGCUGAUGGGUUUCCCCUCAAAAAAUACACACCAAAGCUACUGCAGUGAGGACUGAAAAGGAAAAUCACGCUUUAAAAAAAUAAUAGUUGAAAUAUGUUUUUAUAUAAAGAGCACAGCGUUGUGUA